GCCGGCCACGAAAAUGAUCAGAGUUGGCUCCUGACUACAUCAUCACGCACGACAGUGAUUUCUCGUUUAUAUCUGAGCUUCAUCCUUCCUGACUUACUAAGGAAAUACUAUGGCAGAAGUAUUUGGGAUUGUUGCGGGAGCUUUUGGCGCUUGUUCGCUGGCGCUUGAGUUACUGGAGGUCACAAAAUCUGCACAGCGUUAUUGGCGACGCAUCCAUGACCUCCCUUCCAUUUCCACGGAAAUCUCGGACAGCCUCGGGAAUAUUGAACGACUUCUCACGGCUAUCAGGAAGUUGGCUAUCCAAGAGCCUAGAGAUCAUGAUGUAAUCGCAUGUUUGGAACGCAGCAGACCCUCAUUAGAAAGAGUCAAAGAUAUUAUACAGAACGUCGAGGCAAGCGGGGCCAACGGGAGGUUGCGAAAAAUCAAAGAUACGUUCAAGCGCACUGCUUUGGAGGACCAACUCUCAGUGGCAAGGGCAUCUCUUAGGGAGACAAUAAAUGAUCUGUCUCUCGCUCUGCUUGUUUCACAACUUCAACUUCUUGUCAGCAAUCUUUGAUUCUUUCCAAUAUGGAAAGAAGGCUGGAUGAAAUAAGGAGGGAAGAUGCAGUGAUUAAGAUCAUUGCAAAGUCCAAAUCGAAAGAUGAUAUGGGCUCACUUGAGGGCAUAUCCAUUGAUUUAACUUCGCCCGCGAACUCCCAGGGUAUUAUCCGACGAAAAGAUCUUCCUGGUAGCUCUUGUUGCUGUCGAUUCGAGACCGAUGAAAGUUUGGGAGCACAAAGCAGUCAACCCGAUUUCAACCACAGUGACUAUGGUAUAUCUCAACGUUCCUUGAGGCAGCGCACACACCACGAGGUCUACCAGAUCAGAAGCCAACACUUCAAUCUUUUUUGGGGAACGCUGUCAGUAUCAAUUCUGAGGAAGAAGAAUACAGCAAGUGAUUCCAGCAAAAGGCGAGAAAACUCAUACGCAGAGAUAAAAUUCAGAUUUGCUCCUUGGUCGUUCAUCUGCAAAGCGUUUAUAGCAAGGCUAUAUGCAAGUACGACUGGAGGACUGAACCUGUGGCAGAACCUAGCAACAGUGCAAAUCGUCCCAAGAUACAAGGGGAUAUUUCUUAAUGUCUGUUGUGGCGAAGUCGGAACAGUGAGGAAAACAUUUGAAGAGAGAAAAGCUUCGCCGAACAGUGCAGACAAGUAUGGACAUUCAUUAAUUGCUAUGGCAGCUGGGAACAGCCAUCUUGAACUGGUCCGUUACUUCCUUGACCUUGGAGUAAAUACUCAGAUUGUUGAUGAUAAUGGAAGAAAUCCUUUGCAAUAUGUGUGUUACCUUCGAGGAGGUCCGCUCGAUAAAAAAGAUUGGGAAAUUUUACGUUUGUUGAUGGAGAAAGGCCAAAUUGAUCCUUGGACACCUGACUUUACUGGUCAAAACCUUUGGCACACCUUCUGCCAGGCUUGUCAAUCAAGCACUGAUUUUCCAUGGAGGUCAAUGGCGACUGAAUUCUUUCCAAUCCUGGAUGAUCAAGACUGCUUUGGCCGCACCGCUCUCUUCUUUAUGUCCUCGAAUGCCAAGGCCAGCCUUGACUUUUUUCAAUGGCACCUGAAAAACGGGGCAAGCCUGUCAGUUUCUGCGAACGGGCGUUUUCCGCAAUGGGACGGACUUACCUGUCUUCAUGCUGCUAUCGCCUCUCUUCAGCCUCGACAUCCAAGAUCAAAAUCCGAACCGUUCCAUGUGGACUUGGCGGAGAUUUGGGCCGAUGUGUUUCCAACUUGGAAGGCUCGAGGGCCGAUUUAUAAUGAAGAUGAUCGCGUCAAUCAGAUGAAACGAAUUGAAUUGCUCAUUCAGCAUGGUGCUGACUUGUUCGCGGCUUCAGAAUUCUAUGGCACACCGACUGACGUUGCCAGAUUCACUGGGAACUUCGAUAUUUGGAUCAAUUCUCUGAAAAAUUGUGGAAUCAAUCCAAAACAAGUCUUGGCGACAGAUAAGAAGAUUGAGCGCAGCAAAAAGUUUUGGGUGACAGAACUUCUGGCGCGCAAACAGAAAUUUGAGAAGCGGAAACUCCAUCAGCACUUCAAUGACAUCUUCGGGGUUCUUGACGACUUUCAAUUCUCGGAGAACGCGCACGGGAUCAAACCCAGGGCAUCUGGAGCUCUACCGGCAAAUCCAUUGCUUCUGAAGACGAAAUCGUACAGAGAGGUACUACAUAUACUCCGGUCUUCCCUCUUCAACGCAAUUCUUCUGGACGAAGAGAAUCAAGGCUUUGGUACUCGGAUUCUCGCAGACGCUGAAUUCUUUGACGGUGCUUACCAUGCCAACUUCUUUGACGACCACACCUACUACGAGGUGAGCUCGAAAAAUAUUCUGUUUUACAACAAAUUGCACCGAUAUCUCGAAAUGGUAGCCACUAUUGCAUCUGCAGAUGCUGAUCUUGAAGAGCUGGAGUGGAAAUCCAACCACUAUAAAUACUAUCCCUUUCUCAAAGCAAUGGCUGCGUUUUAUUUGGACAGAGCCUUUCGCUUUCCUCACCGUGGCUAUGAUUGGAAAUAUAUGGAUGAUACGAGUGAAGUCGAGCCAAGUAUACCUGGGUCAUGGCCUACAGGUUAGGCGGGUGAACAGGGAAUAGGAUGUGGGUUCUUUGGGUACAAAAAUUUUAUAAUAUAAUGCCUUGCAGCCUUCGGAGUACUUGGAGAAACAGUGCAUAUUGGUCACAUGUAUUUUUAUCGUCAACCCAUUGAAUUUGGAUUAUAUGAAAGAGGUGGUCAAAGGUAUUGUUGAGAUAGAUGGCUUCAUCUAUGUCAAGGGUAUCUACUAUUCAGGGUAGAAGACCUGUCAACUAGGUAAGGAUACGUAGGCUAG